AGUAAAUAUUUAAUAAUAAUAAUGAAAUUCAAAAUUUGAAAAACGGUAUAUCUUUUAUUUUUUAUUAUAUAUUACUCUUAACAAAAUAAAUUUGCAAGAUAAUUUAUAAUAUAAUUUGUUUCAAUUUCAUGUCAAAAUGAUGCGAUGUGAAAAAUUGAAAAGAGGGUUGGCAUAUGUCGAUGUUCGGUAGGGUUGUGGAUGCGCAUUGGACAGCGAGAAAUCUAUCGCGAGUACUAGUCAACGUUCCUGGAUCGUAUCGUCAGUAUGCGGUCGCGCAUUCCAUGCGAAAACACCUGUUUGUUGUUUUGAUUUCUCUACCGUUUUUUCGGUCCUAAAUCGCGUUGAAUAUCACAUAUUUAUACAUUUGUCUAACAUCUAAAAUAGAAAAAGAAACUUUUAAUCAUAAUUGUUAAAUAUUUUAAAAAAAUAAAUAGAAACAUUUAGAGAAUAUUUAUAUUUAAUAUUCUUGGGUUAAAAUAAAAAGGAAAAAAGAGAAAAAAAGAAAGAAUAAGAAAAAUAUUUUGAUUAAGAAAUUUUAAAAUAUUAUUAAAUGUUUAAGAAAAAUGAUUAAAAUAAAUAUAAUUAAGUAAAUGAUUAAUAGAAUAAUUUUGAAAUUAUCGAUUGAGAUCGAAAAAGAAAAGAAAGCACCGUUAAAUGCAUAUUGGUGUAUCCGUGUGAUAAACGAGAAAUAAGGACAAAGAUAUUGUGGAGGAAGAAAACGAAACGUAAACAGAGAGAAAGAGUGAAGGAGAAGAAGAGUUUUAACCGCGAGAGAGGAACGUCCUCGUGAUUUCAACCACGUGUAUCUCGUGGUCCUCGUUUAAACACGCGCACAGAUAAAAAUUUAUUUAAUACUUUUUUUAUCUAACGACUUUUCUUUAAAAUUAUUAUCAUUAAAAAGAAGAAGAAAGAGAAAUUGAAAGAAAGAAAAGAAGAAGAAGAAGAAGAAGAAGAAAAAGAAGAAAGGAGAAGAAAAAUUUUUUCCAUUAAUAAUAUUCAAUGGAAAUGAAAUGAUAAUGAUAAUGAUCGAUCGAUCAAUUGUGCUUAAUACAGGCGAAAGAGAAUCAUUUGAAUGAAAAUGAAAAAGACGAUGAUCCGAUAAUGUUUAGUCGUAGUCACAAGACAGGGAUGUGCACCGUAUGUAUAUACGUAAGAUUGCAGCUCGUAGAUUAUUUGUAGUCGUUGCUAUUGAGAUGGUUUGAUAGUAGCCCCUUCCUCGCGCAUAUCUUUAUAUCGAGACUGAAUGGACAGAGAGAGCAGCCUCCUCUAUGAGAUAAUACGCCUGGUUGUACCUAAGUCAUUCAGGCCUGAAGUCGGAUCCAUCGAAUCGCGAGAGAUCGCGCGAGGUGAGGGUGGACACCGUAAGCCCCUGCAGUCAUGCUCACCAUACAAAACGACAUGUCACCGCGUAAUGGCUCGUGCGUGGCGGAAGUAAGCUCGGUGAGGAGUCUUUCGUCGGACGAUGUCUCGGCGACGAAGACGAACCGAAAGAAAUCCUGCUGGGCACGUGCUACGGAUCCGGCUCAUCGCCGUGGACGUCGAAUUCAGUUGUUGCAGAUGUUGGUUUUGCCAUUCAUACCGAUCCUAGCAUUGAUCGUCCAGACGGCUAAUACUCUCCACGAUAUCUUGAUCUAUCGGCAGGAGGUCUCUGACAUCGAAACGCAGGUAACAAUCGCCACUGAUUUGGGAAAAGUUGUCACGCGGAUGCAGCUCGAAAGAUCCGAGGUUGCGUUCUUUAUUUACACCAAUGGGAACACUCUAAGGUCAAACUUGACGCAGAGGUUCGCCAUAACUGAUCAAGCUCUUCAUAACAUGACUACGUGGCCCCUGGUCUCGGUGCCGAGGGAUGAGAGCAAGACGCAAGCCUAUGACGUGGUCAGCAAAGAGGCUUUUCAAGCACGCCUCGAGGAUUUCAGGUACAAAGUUUGUUCGUUUCUUAGGCAGAAGAUAAGUUCGGAAGAGAGCAGCAUUACCGAAGUGAUGACAUGGUACACGAGCGUAAACGCGGCUAUGCUAGAUCAUCUAACUAAUCAGAUCAAAGAAACGGAUAAUAGCGGAGUUUGGAGGUAUUUGAUAGCUUUUAAAAACUUACUGAGAAGCAUCGAGAGUUUGGGUAUUGCCUCCGUGUACGGAAUCAAUUACUUUGGGCGUGGAAUCCUUCUGGGGGACAAUUACGUCAGCUACGUUCGCCACGAAGCUCUUGGACGUGAUCUCCUCAAUGGAUCUCUCACAUACGUGCCUUCUCUCAAGCAUUUUUACGCCGAACUCACCCGCACCAUGCCAGAUUAUGGGAGGAUUAAGUCCAGACGAGAUGAAAUCCUCCAGAACCGGAAGAGGGAACCGAAUGUCGAAGACGCGAUCGCUUAUUUCGAUUCAAUGGCGACUUACGUGGACGAAUUGCGAAAACUUCAGAAAGAAUUGCGUCACAUGAUUAGAGAUUACGUGAACUCGACUUUACAAGACGCAAGUAACAAAGAAGCUGCUGGGAUAGCUAUAGUUGUGCUAGUGUUGGUCGUCUCUCCCAUCAUUAUAAUACUAGUACGUAACGCGGUUGCCACGAUUCAAAUGUAUGCGGCUAAUCUGGCGCAGAAAGCCCGGGAACUGAAACAAGAAAAAGGAAAAAGCGACACAUUGCUUUUUCAAAUGUUACCACCCAGCGUUGCUCAACAAUUGAAACAAACCCAACAGGUUCCAGCAGAAUAUUACGAAGCGGUGACCGUAUAUUUUAGCGACAUUGUUGGAUUUACAGAAAUUGCCGCAGAGAAUACUCCUUUAGAAGUUGUCACCUUCCUGAAUUCGAUCUACAAGUUAUUCGAUGCUCGCAUCGAAUGUUACGAUGUAUACAAGGUUGAAACGAUUGGCGAUUCGUACAUGGUUGCAUCCGGGUUGCCCGUUAGAAACGGAGACAAACACGUAUCUGAAAUAGCAACGAUGGCCCUUGAUCUCUUAGCAGCUUCGUCGGUGUUUCAAGUACCAAAGCGACCCGGGGAACGGCUUCAAAUACGAAGCGGCGCCCAUACAGGACCUGUCGUCGCCGGAAUUGUGGGCAGCAAAAUGCCUCGUUAUUGUCUUUUCGGGGAUACCGUAAAUACGGCCAGUCGCAUGGAAUCAACCGGAGAAGCCCUGAGAAUACAUAUCAGUCUAGAAAUGAAAAAGGCUUUGGAUGCCGUGGGAGGUUUCAAAAUUGUACGCCGUGGUUUAGUCGACGUUAAGGGAAAGGGACUAAUGGAUACAUAUUGGCUGGAAUGUAAGGACGGUGGUAUCGCUCGUGCGGCGGAAUUAGAUUUGCCCUCGUUCUUCGAGGACGUGCGACCAGUUUUCAUACGUCGUUUACGAGAGGAAGGUACCCUUUGAUGCGAACCGUAUUCCCGACGGGACCUCUGGUACCUGAACCGACCACCUACUCCUUACAUUCGUCUUUCGCAACCUAACCUUAUUGACCACUUAAAGAAACCCACCCAAGUUCGUAAAAAUCGACUGUCUCAUCCAAACCUUCAUAUUACCCCCGUUAAGCCACCCCCUCAAUCUCAGUCGAGUAUCGAGUCGCAAGACUCCGCGACAUACGAGGGAACCCAAUCAACGACACCCUGCCCGCCGAGUUACUCUCCAAGUCAACGCAGUCGUUACUCCCAACCGAAUCUACCUACUCUUUUGAUAUCCCACGAAAAAAGAUCUGGGGGUUCGGCCGAUCGCCGUAUUAGGAUGUCUCAGCCUACGUUGAACUCCAGCUUCAGCGGCAUCAACUUUGCCGGAAUGAAUCGUAGUUCCAGACUGUCUUAUCCGAGUCUUAGAGCAGCUUCUGGGGAUAAUAGUAUCAACGAGGAAGAAAGAUUAUCGGCGCGAAGUGUACAAGGUUUCAGCGGGAGUUCAAGAGGAAGUUGGAUGGAUCAAGGUUCCUCGAGAUUAUCUCAAUCGGACGUGACACGGUUUAUCUUGAGGCAGGACGUGCCGGCGAAACGAGAGCGUCUCUCUCAAUCAACUCUAGUUAUCGGUGAUUAUCAUCCCGGUCGCGGUCAACAGAGAUUAUCCCAACCUUGCCUAAGUACAGGGAAAGAUCUUAACUUACCCACAAUGGUUUUUCACUCUCCGUCUCCGCCGUCUGUUAAACACAAAAGAUUCUCUCCUGCCAUACACGCUAGUCAGAGAGAACGCCUUUCGCAAUUAGAUAUUGGUGCUAAGUAUAGAAAUUUCAAAGAAUCCGCCGCGACGAAAUUCAAUCGGGAUAGAUUUUCAAUACCCGAACUGGAAACGCAAAAUGAUCUUAAGUUAUUGAUAGCUGGCACACCGAAGCAGAGAUUUAGUUUAGAUAGUCAAUUGACGCGUAAUCAAGAUGUAACUCGGUCUAGAUUAUUGCCAAUCGCUAGUUCACCUAUCAACGAACACCAGCAAACUAAGAUUGAAGAACAAACGGGUAUCCCAGGAGGUAAACUUAAAAGCCCCACUAGAGAAGGCCUUGGAAGUGUGCUCGUGGCAAGUACAACUCCAAUAUUACCACCGAAUGAAAGAGAAUUGUUGUCAACCGAGUUAAGUAAAAUAACAACUGCGGUUGUUAAUUCGACACAACAACAGAAGGAUCAAACGACGCUUAGAGCGAGCAAACUUCAUAGAUCAGUUUCACCUAUUCCUACUAGGGAAAGAAUGUCAGUGCCUGAAAUAAGAAAUUCGAGUCUACGCCGAUUGCUUGACCCACCGAUGAGGCAAAGGCACAGUAUUACGGGCAAUUUAAGACAGAGUAUAAUCCUUCCGAUUAAGCCUCUCGAUUUUGGCAAGAAAUCGCCGAAGCAUUUGUUCGAAGAAGCCCUGGAAAGAUUUCGAAAGGAUGAGAAAGAAGAAAAUCGAAAGAACGAAAUUUCAAAUUCAGAAACUUUUCUCGAUAUUGUCGAUGAACCUAAACAUAUUCAAAAACAUUACUCGUACACGUAUGAAAGUACCGAUGACAGUUCCUCGAUAUUUGGAAAGAUAAGCAUGUCUGCGAUACCAAAGAAGAAAUAUUUAGAAAGUAAUUUUGAUGAAAAUGAACAAGUAAUUACUACAGUGAUCGAGACGGAUGUACCAAUGAUAAUAGCCAAUCCAAAAUAUGUAAAAAAAUCAUCUUAUUCGAGCGAAACCCCAAAAUGGAUUAGAAAAUAUUUAGAAAGCGAAAGUCCGAAAGGAGGAAGAAAGAUGGCAAGCAACAAGGAGAAAACUAACAGAAGGAAUAGUCGGAGGAAAAGUUCUUUGGAAUCGAUGGAAAGCGAGAAAAUUACGGAUAAAGUUCGUUCGAAAUCAGUGAGCAGCGGUGAAAGGAGUCCGAUGCUAAGAAACACCGGUAUACAAUCCGAAUUGAAAAAUAUGAAGAAUACAUACGUAAGAAUCGUUCCUUCGAAUAAAACUCAAGAAAACAGAUAUGAAGUAAAGAUAGAGAAUAAUUGGAUCGAUGGAAAUAUUCACGGACUAUAUGGUGAUGAAUGUGAGGAUACGGAUUCCGAUGAUUCCACGUCCAUUUAAAUUAAACUAACGAUACUAAUCGAAUAGAUAAAACAAAGAAAUUUUGUCCAAUUAAUUUAUAAUGAUAUUUGUAAAUUGGUGAGAGAUUAAAGAAAAAAUUCAUAUUGUGUACUUAAAGCAUAAAAUGCUACGAAUUUUAUGAAAAUUGAUAUUUUCUAGUUGCCAGUCAAGGAUAUGUAUUAGAUAACAGUUUGAUUAGCCUAAAGUACAUCUUGGAAACGAAAUAACGAAAACUGAUAUGUCCGAUCCCAAUUUUAUUUUCUCAUAUUUGUAAUGAUCUUUGGAUCUCGAUGUAUUAUUUUCAUUCAAACGAGAAAUUUUAUUUUUAUUAAAAUAAAAUUAAAACAACUUGUAAAUAUUUGAAUUAAUUCUGUUAUACUUAUUGCGAUAUAUAGUUAAGAAAUUUUUAGUAAAAUUCAGGACAUAGUUUGGUAUUUUAUUGUCACUAUUAUUCGUAAUUCGUAUUUAAAAUAUAAAAUUUUUUAAUGCUUGCUGUGAAUGAAAGAAAAUGUAUCAGAAAAAAUAUAGUCAAAUUAGCUAUCGCAUCAAAUAUAUAAAUUGUAUGAAA